AUGGCUGCUGCCUCCUCGUUGAGAAACCUGGAGGAAGAAGUGCUGUGCUCCAUCUGUCUUGACUACUUGAGAGACCCAGUAACCAUUGACUGUGGUCACGUCUUCUGCUACCACUGCAUUAUUAAAGUCUGUGAAUCCACCAGGCAGCCCCUGCACUGUUCUCUAUGCAAGACAACCUUUAAGAAAGAGAACAUCCGCCAUGUGUGGCAGAUGGCCAGCCUGGUGGAGAAUGUCAGGAGAAUGAAGUUAAAUGAACAGAGACAACCCAGAGAGGAAAGAUCCUCUGAGCACAAAGCAGACAAUCUAUGUGGGAGACACCUGGAGAAGCUCCAUUACUACUGCAAGGAUGACCAGCAGAUACUGUGUGUGAUGUGCCGGGAGUCCCGGGAGCAUAGGCACCAUGCUGCUGUUCUGCUUGAGAAGGCUGCACAGCCUUAUCGGAGUAAAAUUCUAAACCACCUGAAGAUUCUGAAGGGAGAUAAGGACCGGAUUCAGAAUUUCCAGUGUACAGGAGAAAAUGAGAUUCAAGCCCUGCUGACAAAAUUUCAAAACCAUAGACAAGACAUCAUGUCAAUGUUUGAACAAGGUCAUCAGUUCUUAAGAGAAAGGGAGCGGUACUUGUUGGAGUGGCUGGAGGGGCUAGAGCAAGAAGUUACCGAAGGGAAGAGUAAGUGUAAUACCAAGGGCUCUGAGGAAGUCAGCAGGCUUGGGGGCCUGAUUUCUGAGUUGGAGAAGAAAGCUGAGCAAUCCGCUCUUGAACUUUUGCAGAGUCCAGAUGACAUAAUAAGCAAAUAUCCCCGGAAGAAGUUCUGGAUUGAAAAACCUAUAAGUCGAACAAUAAAAAAACGAACAGAAGAAUUUUCAGAUAAAUUGCUUUCAUUAGAGAAAGGACUCAGAGGAUUCCAUGGAAAACUGAUGAGGGAACUGGAAUAUAAAACAAUGAGGAUCAUUCUGAAUACCCAGACAGCCAAUGGCUACCUCUCAGUGUCUGCAAAUGGGAAGAGUGUGAUAUUCACAGGCUUGUGGAUGAACAAAUACCAACAUGGUCAGCGAUUUGAUCCUGAGCCUGGUGUACUGGGCAGUAAGGGCUUCACCUGGGGCAAAGUGUACUGGGAAGUGAAAGUGGAUAGAAUAUGGUGGGAAGCAGAGGAAGAAGAAGAAGAAGCAGUGAAAUACAGGGAUGCAGCCAGAAGUGUGCUUAACAGUAACUAUUUUGGUGAAUUCAUGGGCAUUACGGAUGGAUAUCAUUUUACUGGAUAUAGAAAUGAGAAUGAAGAGUUAGAGGAGGGAUGGUCACAGGAAAAUGGAAUAUGGCCCAAAUUCGGCUUGGUGGGAGUGGCAAGAGAGUCUGUGGUGAGAAGGGGAUUUCUCAACUUCACCCCAGAGGAGGGCUUCUGGACUCUGCAACUGUCUUCAGCUGGAGUCUAUGUAUGUGCUAGCCCUGAGCCUUUUCAGAUCUUGUCCUACUGUCCAAGGCAGAUUGGAGUGGCUCUGGAUUAUCAGGGGGGAAAAGUAACUUUUACCAAUGCCAGAACCCAGGAGUUUAUCUAUGAAUUUUCAUCUCCCUUUACUGGGAGAAUUUUCCCUUUCCUGUGGCUUAAUUGCAUGAGAUCCAGGCUCACACUGAGACCCUGA